CCACGCCCUUCCCGCCCCUCCUUUCGGGCGACCCCGGCUGGGUGGCGGAUUCCUGGGCGAAAUAGUGGCAAGCGGGGUUUGAGUCUCUGUGUGUCACCCCCGCAUUUGUCACGUCCUUCAAGAAGUGCUGUAUGGCACGUUCUUGCAGUUAUCAACGAAAGCCAGCGCGCCUUUGGCGAUCUUGGCAGAUGCCCUGAGUGCGAGGCGAGCCUCUGGGGCGACCGCGGCCCCUGUCCCAGCCGCCCUCGCCCCUCUCGGCGGCUAAGGGGGUUCCUCAGAGGGCCCCCUGCCUCGGGUAGCAUCCCUUGUGUGGUGCCUAAAUGCUGAAGCUCUGCAAACUAAGGGCAGCAGGCGAUCUCUUUCCUCGCCCGCAGGCUCCACCGCCAUGAAGGUGAAGAUCAAGUGCUGGAACGGCGUGGCCACUUGGCUCUGGGUGGCCAACGACGAGAACUGCGGCAUCUGCCGGAUGGCUUUCAAUGGCUGCUGCCCGGACUGCAAGGUGCCGGGCGACGACUGCCCCCUGGUGUGGGGCCAGUGCUCACACUGCUUCCACAUGCACUGCAUCCUCAAGUGGCUGAACGCGCAGCAGGUGCAGCAGCACUGCCCCAUGUGCCGCCAGGAGUGGAAGUUCAAGGAGUGAGCCGGCCGCUCGCCGCCCCCGCGCAGACGGAUGCACCCCAGGCCGUGACAGGGCGAAACGAGACUGGACCUGUGCUGUCUUCUUCAUCACGAUGUUGACACUUUUAUUGCAUAAGGAAAACUCAUUAAAGCGCCUGAGCCUUGCUGGAGGCCUCUGGCUGCCUGUUUUCCUGGUGCUUGAUGCGUCCAACGGCCUACGUGUGUGUUGUUAUGAAAACUCAUGAAUAAACAUCGCUGCGGGGCUGCUGAGGCCCUGAGUCACAGUCCCCGA